UGCCUCAGAGGCGAUGAGAGGAGCGCAGAGCAUAGAGCUACAGCAACACACCACGCACAGCACACAGCACACAGCAGAGCAGAAAGCACAUAGCGCUGGGAACACUGCACAGAGCAGAGCACACAGCACAUAGCCCAGCAGAGCAGACAGUACACGCUGCUCCUCCUCCGGCUGCUGCUUCUGCUGCCUGCCAGCCCUGGACUGAAGACGCUUUGACAUCCGGAUUACCCCUCAGAGGAACGCUUCUCGCACGGAGAGAUUCCUACACAGCGGAGGGGACAUUUUACACACACAUACACAAUUACCCACACACACACACACACACAUACACACGCAUUUGCACACACACACACACACUUGCAGACUUUGCCCUGCUUGUCCUUCAAAAGGAUGUCGAGGAAGCGUGGACUCGGGACACCUGCUACCUACUGCGUCUGCUUCUGACUUUGACGCCUGACGUCUGAAGUUUUUUGGGAUUGUAUUGGAAAAUACUGCCUGGAGGAGGAUCGCUGUCACUAUUCGCUCACUCAAAACUGAGAGAGUGCACUUUAUGUUUCCAGUUCAUGCCCUUAGAGAGCCUCUCUGUGCUGCUUUUAUGACUUUUAUGGCUGGAGAUACACUGUGACUGCUGGGCAUCAUUCGUGGAGCGAGCAAGGGAAUUACCAACCCCACUAGGGACACCCACCACCACCCCCAACAACCCCCCUUUGUGAUAACCUCAGAGCCACUGUCACAGCAGGAGCUGCAGCCACUACACUUUGUGGGGCAGAAGUGACCAGAGGCGAAGAUCAAGAAAAGAGAGGAGGAGGAGGAGAAGAAGAGAGAAAAAAAGAAGGAGAGCAGAGUGCCGAGAAGGCGUGCGACAGAAAAGGAUAGAGAGAGAGAGAGGGAGGGUGAGAGAGAGAGAGAGAGAGAGAGAGAGAGAGAGAGAGAGAGAUAGUGAUAGUGAGAGAGAGUGAGAGUGGGAGUGAGAGAGAGAGCGAGAGAGAGAGAGUGAUAGUGAGAGAGAGAGAGAGAGUGAUAGUGAUAGUGAGAGAGAGUGAGAGAGAGAGCGAGAGCAACAUUUGAAGAAUUGGGGCAGAAUAACACAGAGCACAGCACAGCAGUCCUCGUCAGUAUCCUGCUGCUGAGAUCAGGCACACACACCAAACAGACGGCUGUGCCACAGCCAGGGACUUAAAAAGAGAGAGAAAGAGAGAAAGAAAGAAAAACAGAGAAGAAGAGAAAAAGAGAGAAAAAGUCAACGUGACAAGGAGCAGCUCUGAGUAAGGACAACAUCAACAGAGAAGAACACACACAGAGAAAGAGAGAGCAAGUGGAUAAGGGGGCUCUUUUCCUCCGUCCAGUGACCCCACAACCACUUGUCCUCCACGCAGCUGGAAACGGGGCAAGCGUCUGAGGAGGUGAAGGAGGACAAGAAAGGGAUAUAAGCCAACGAAAAAAGGAAGACCGAGGAGGAGGACGAGAGGAAGAGUCACCUUCAACCCUUCUCUGUCUGGUUUUCCAUCUCUGUCUCUAUCUCCCUCUUUCUUUCUCUCCCUCUCCCCUGUAUCUCUUGCUAUAUCUCUCAGUCUGUCUGUCUCUCUGUCUGCACUCACACAGGUCUCUGCCCACUGCAUGUCCUUUGGCUUCUACGGCUCCAAGUCAAGCCACUGCAGCAACAGCAGCAGCUACGCCGGAUAACAGAAAGAGCAAGAGAAACAGCAGCGGCAACUCGGCAGCGAGGAGUCAGGAGUGCCGGGAUUUCUCUUUCUCUUUCUCUGCACUUCAUACAAUCUGCGCUCUUUCUGACACACACACACACAUACUUUUCAACACACACACUUUCUGACACACACACACGCACACACACACACACACACACAGACUCUGACACACACACACACACGCACACACACACUUUUUAUUGUAUUUCACACCCAGUGCCAGUGAGGCCAAGGGCUAAACAACGCUGGCGGGAAUGCAGGUCUCCUUCGCCUGCACCGACCACGGCCUGAAGGCGCCGCGCAAUGGGGGCGACGGGCACGGCAAGCAGAGCGCCACCAGCCCGGGCACCGGCGGCAGCGGUACCGGCGGUGGCAGCGGCACGGCUCGCGCUCGCUUCCGCACCGUGGCUCUCAUCGCCCGGAGUCUGGGCUCCUUCGCGCACCGCCACCGCAGCAUCUCGCUCAAGGAGUCCACCGGCAAGCUCACGGGGAUGAAAUAUCGGAACCUGGGGAAGUCAGGACUUCGUGUUUCUUGUUUGGGGCUCGGUACCUGGGUGACAUUCGGGGGACAGAUUUCUGAUGAGGUGGCUGAGCAGCUGAUGACCAUUGCCUAUGAGAGUGGCGUCAAUCUCUUUGACACAGCAGAGGUCUACUCCGGUGGCAAAGCUGAAGUAAUCCUUGGAAACAUCAUCAAGAAAAAGUGCUGGAGGAGAUCAAGUCUGGUGAUCACAACCAAACUGUACUGGGGAGGAAAAGCAGAGACGGAGAGGGGUCUUUCCAGAAAACACAUUGUUGAAGGUCUGAAGGGCUCCCUGCAGCGGCUCCAGCUGGAGUAUGUGGAUGUCGUCUUUGCCAACCGUCCUGACAGCAACACGCCCAUGGAAGAGAUUGUAAGAGCCAUGACUCAUGUCAUAAACCAGGGAAUGUCCAUGUACUGGGGCACCUCAAGAUGGAGCGCCAUGGAGAUCAUGGAGGCGUAUUCAGUGGCCAGGCAGUUCAAUCUCAUCCCCCCAGUGUGUGAACAGGCUGAGUACCACUUCUUCCAAAGGGACAAGGUGGAAACGCAACUACCCGAGCUUUACCACAAGAUUGGUGUGGGUGUGGUUUCCUGGUCGCCUCUGGCCUGUGGAAUCAUUACAGGGAAAUAUGACAAUGGGAUUCCGGAACAAUCCAGAGCUGCCAUGAAGUCCUACCAGUGGCUGAAGGACAAGAUUCUGAGUGAGGAGGGCAGGAAACAGCAGGCCAAACUCAAAGAGCUGGGUCACAUUGCGGAGAAACUGGGCUGCACGCUACCUCAACUAGCUAUAGCAUGGUGCCUACGCAACGAGGGAGUAAGCUCAGUACUUCUUGGAACGUCCAAUCCUGCACAGUUAACAGAGAACCUGGGGGCAAUACAGUUCCUGCCAAAGAUGACCUCUCACAUAGCCUCUGAUAUGGACCACAUACUUGGAAACAAACCACACACAAAGAAGGAGUACCACCACCACCAUCAGAACAACACAUAGGCACCGUUAAGGGUGCACACAAGCUGCUGAGAAGCCAAGAUGUGUGUCUGUGUGUGUCUGUGCGUGUGCGUGUGUGUGUCUGUGUCAGUGUGUGUGUGCGUUCCGGUGUGUGCCUGAGCGCUCAUGCGCGCGUGUGUUUAUGUGUCAGUGUGUGUGUGCGUUCCGGUGUGUGCCUGAGCGCGCGUGCGCGCGUGUGUUUAUGUGUGUGUUUGUGUGUGUGUGCGUGCGUGCGUGCAUGCGAGUGUCAAUGGUAAUGUACUGUAUGUGUAUAUUUUCAGCUGUGCUUUCUGUCCAGAACCCCUCUCAGUCUGCAGCUAUCUCCAAGAACAGACGUUACCCAAACCUGGCCCCUAUGGUCUGAAACUACACAGUCUCACCUCAAGUAGUCCAUUUCUGACUACCUUUGACCAGAGUUCAAUUUUUGACGUCUGAGGUAUGCCUUUGGAGUCAAAAUGUCCUCAAAGGCACCCCCUUGUGGCAACAUAACGUCAUUGAGGUUAGGCUUAGGAAUAGGUUUUGGUUAAGUCCCACUGUGACGUGGAAGGAAUAUCAACAUCAAAAAUUGAACUCUGGUCAAAGGUAGUCAGAAAUUGACUACUUGGGGUGAAACCAGUUUUGGCCCAAUCACAGGAAGAACCAAAUCACAACAAACUUCAACAAAAAAAAGUGUUUUCGAUUCACACUAUGGCAUUGAAAAACAGCCGGCCUGGCUGAUAUUGCAGCAGAAUCACAGCCAGGUCUGGAUUACAUUGUGGCACAAUUCUGGCCAAGAAUGGUUAACAUUACAGCACAAUACCGGAAGGACCCAUGGUGGGUUUCCAAGUCCAUGUCAAAACCAGGGCAGGCUACGGACUUGAUCAAGGCUAGCCUGGGAAAUCCCAUGCUGCUUUGCACAAUCGUUCCGAUCUGAAAGACAACAUGGAUUCUAUCCCUCAGCAAAGGCUCCAGAUGGGCUCCAAUCAGAGAGCGGGGAGGGGUUGAAAGGCGAUGACUGCAGAUAGUUUGAAUAGACACAACUGACAUGAUUGGCUAUGGGUUAUGUAGUAUGCCAAAUGAUAGACAUUCUUAAUGCCCAAUGAAUGGCCAUCGUCAAUCGUAAACAACACACCCCCUAUGGGAUUUACAGCUGGCAGGUCUCCAGACCCUAUCUCACUUGUGAUAGGGUCUGGCGGUAACCAGGCAAGAUCAAGGCCAUAUCUGUUCAGGGAUCAGCUGCUCUCCCUUCUGGUUCUCUGGCCGUUCUUCGGCUGAGUUCCUCUCCAAUGCUAUGCAUGCUUCUUGUUGACCAAACACCCCACCUACCCUUCUCAGUCUCAGAACAUCCUUGUAUAACAAGUAAUAAACACAUGUUGUGUCAUCUUAGUCAGGGUUUCCAACUAUCACUGCAUCUUUGCAGGCAUAUACCAACCAUCAGAGAUAAUAA